UCCCAAUCGAACAGCUUGCGUUGUGUAGCUGCGCGACUCUGAUAGACGGACCAGACUAACAUCCCCGGUGAGAAAGCAACAACGAUUCCGAAAAGACGACGGCGCAAACACCCAUAGAACCAAUUCUCAAAUCUAAAACCUCUCCUCCUUACGUCUGGCCGACCUUCGUGGUCUCCCACAUAUUCAAAAUGGCUCCCGGCAUGUCAUUAUCAUCCGUAAACGCCAUCAUCAUCCUCGGCUCCGAUGAUGGCUCAAGGAUAUUCGCCAAAUACUACACCUCACCCCACCAGGCCGCGCCCGGUGCCGGUCAAGCUGCCGCCCUGACCGCCCCGCCAAACCCAUUCCCAGACGUCAAGUCGCAAAAGGCCUUUGAGAAGGGCCUGCUCGAGAAGACGGCCAAGCAGACCGGCGACAUCAUCCUGUACGACAACCGAAUCGUCCUGUACAAGAUGGAGUCGGACGUCAUGAUGUACGUGGUCGGCAGCGUCGACGAGAACGAGGUCCUGCUGUAUAAUGUCAUCCUGGCCCUGCGCGACUCGCUGCACCUGCUCUUCAAGCAGUCGGUCGAUAAGCGCACCAUAAUCGAAAACUACGAUCUCGUCUCCCUCGCCAUCGACGAGAUUGUCGACGACGGCAUCAUCCUAGAGACCGAUCCCACAAUCAUCGUCCAGAGGGUCAGCAAGGCCCCGACGCAGGACGUCAACCUCAGCCGCAUCGAUCCCUUUAGCGAACAGGGCGUCAACAACCUGGCCCAGUUGGGCAAGGCCAAGCUGACGGAUUGGCUGAGGCAAGGUUUGUGAUUGGGGAGAUGUUUCGGGUAUGAUGGUGUUUUGGUUUGGUUUUUUUUCUCUUAAGUUUCCGCCUGCAUCUUUAGAUGUUCUCCAUAAAAAAAACCGAUGAAAGCAGAUGGGAGUUGGGGAAUACAAUGGCUGGACCAGAACGGACAGGCCAAUAAAUGACCAUUUCUUGUUCUUGGAGAUACCAUCAAUGAC